GCUUUAAUCAUUUUAGGACUGGAAAGGAAGGCCAACCCAGAGAAUACUACACAUUGGAUUCUAUCUUAUUUCUACUUAAUAAUGUGCACCUUUCUCACCCUGUUUAUGUCCGACGUGCAGCUACUGAAAAUAUUCCUGUGGUUAGAAGACCUGACCGAAAAGAUCUACUUGGAUAUCUCAAUGGGGAAGCAUCAACAUCAGCCAGCAUUGAUAGGAGUGCACCCCUGGAAAUAGGUCUUCAGCGGUCCACUCAAGUCAAAAGAGCUGCAGAUGAAGUUUUAGCAGAAGCAAAGAAACCACGAAUUGAGGAUGAAGAGUGUGUGCGUCUUGAUAAAGAGAGAUUGGCAGCUCGUUUGGAAGGCCAUAAAGAAGGGAUUGUACAGACUGAACAGAUUAGGUCUUUGUCUGAAGCCAUGUCAGUGGAAAAAAUUGCUGCAAUCAAAGCCAAAAUUAUGGCUAAGAAAAGAUCUACUAUCAAGACUGAUCUAGAUGAUGAUAUAACUGCCCUUAAACAGAGGAGUUUUGUGGAUGCUGAGGUAGAUGUGACCAGAGAUAUUGUCAGCAGAGAGAGAGUGUGGAGAACAAGAACAACUAUCUUACAAAGCACAGGAAAGAAUUUUUCCAAGAACAUUUUUGCAAUUCUUCAAUCUGUAAAAGCCAGAGAAGAAGGGCGUGCCCCUGAACAGCGGCCUGCUCCAAAUACAGCCCCUGUGGAUCCUACUUUGCGUACAAAGCAGCCUAUCCCAGCGGCCUACAAUAGAUAUGACCAGGAAAGAUUCAAAGGCAAAGAAGAGACGGAAGGCUUUAAGAUUGAUACAAUGGGCACAUACCAUGGCAUGACACUGAAGUCUGUGACGGAAGGUGCAUCUGCCCGUAAGACUCAAACUCCUGCAGCCCAGCCUGUACCUAGACCAGUUUCUCAAGCAAGACCGCCCCCAAAUCAGAAGAAAGGAUCACGAACACCCAUUAUUAUUAUCCCUGCAGCUACUACUUCUUUAAUAACUAUGCUUAAUGCAAAAGAUCUUCUACAGGAUCUAAAGUUUGUCCCAUCAGAUGAAAAGAAGAAACAAGGUUGUCAACGAGAAAAUGAAACACUAAUACAGAGAAGAAAAGAUCAGAUGCAACCAGGGGGCACAGCAAUUAGUGUCACGGUACCUUAUAGAGUAGUAGACCAGCCCCUGAAACUUAUGCCUCAAGACUGGGAUCGGGUUGUAGCAGUUUUUGUGCAAGGUCCUGCUUGGCAGUUCAAAGGUUGGCCAUGGCUUCUACCCGAUGGAUCACCAGUUGACAUAUUUGCUAAAAUUAAAGCCUUCCACCUCAAGUAUGAUGAAGUUCGUCUAGAUCCAAAUGUUCAAAAAUGGGAUGUAACAGUAUUAGAACUCAGCUAUCAUAAGCGUCAUUUGGAUCGACCAGUUUUCUUACGUUUCUGGGAAACAUUGGAUAGAUACAUGGUAAAGCAUAAAUCCCACUUGAGAUUCUGAAUCAUUUGAUUCCUCCUUUUCUGAAAACUUGGUUUAAGAAGCAUGGAUAUAGCUUGAUCUACAGACUGAAACCCAAGCUUUAUGAAUUCAUCAAGAACUUGCAAAUGAAGAAGACCACAGAGCAGUCUUUUAUAAGACCUUGUUUGAUGCUGUGUGCUUCAAAGGGGCAUUUCCUCCCAUCCAUACAAGCAAACUUUUUUGGCUUACAACUAUUUUUUUAAUAUUAGCCUUCUAGUCUGUAAUGGAAAUUGUAUAUUUUGAUAGAAGCUUUUUCUCUAUUGGUUAAAUUAGCAUUACUUAAAAUUUGUUUCUUUAGAAAUAAAUGCAGGUUAUAAAUGUGUGUAUAUUUAGAAGUUAUUAGGCUCUCUAAGCCAUCUUGCUUCUGAUUUUUCAUUGCUCUAUGAUUCCUUUUACUGGAAAAUACUCUCAUGAAUGGUUUUAAAUUUUAGACUCUAGAACUUCAAAACCCCACCAAAGGGAAGUAAUUAUUAAAUCAGUUGAAAGUCAGCCUGUGUCUAUACUAUGUCUAUACUAACUCAUGUUUAAAAAGGAAUAAUGAAAAAUCAAGAACAAGUCUUCAGUUUCAGUUGAACUCAGCCUUUUCAAGAUUUCUUUUGUAAAUGAAUACAUUUAAUGAAUGUACAUUCUCUUUGUUGACUUUGAUGAUUUUAAACUUAAAGUGAUAUAUUUCUAUCUGGGAUAUGUUUCCACUUGAAAAGAAAUUUCAAAAAAAAACCAAAAAAACAAAUAUUAAAGUGUAAUAGGCUGUAGUGACUUUUACUUGGGAAACUAAAGUAUGAUUUGGGGGACUGAGUACGUAUCAACCUAGUUACAGUGUAACUUGAACUUCUAAGUUUGAUUCUUAUAUGCUAUAGGAUUUUGAGUCUUCUAUUUGUACACAUGUCAACUUGGGACUUCUUAUCUUCCAUUAUCCCUAAAUAUUGAUAAAUUCCCAGGCACCAAAGAACACAUUUGCUUACGUGUCUGAACAGAAACAAGAUAAAAAAAAAAACCAAACAAAAAAAAAAAAAACCACUGGUAUUUUUAUGUGUGUUCAAUGUGGUAUAAAAUAUAAAACCUAUAUUUUAACUUAGUAAAGUAUUUUACUAUUUCUCUACUUUAGACAGAGUGUUGCAUCUAAGCUGCAAUGAAUUACCAUGCUCCUUAGUCCUGGUUUAUCUUUUACUACUUAAAAGGAGUGUUUAUUCAUUGAAAUCGAGUUUUUGUCAUUAGAACUGUUGACCAUCCCACCUUGUGUCUUGUUUUACUCAGUGGCUGUCUCUUAGGUUAUCAAAUUGGGGGAUGUGGGGAGAGCAGUAAGACAUUUAGCUUUUUCUUUCAUUCUUGUGAGGAUACUUAGCCUCUUUAGAAUUUAAUGCUAUCAUAAAGAUGAGAAACAAGUAUUAUUUAUUUUAUUAACUUACUAUAAAAACCCAAUAUCAGUAAAAACAGAAAAGAUAUUUAUUCAGGUGGAAUUCAGUGGGCUUUGCAGAAGAGAAGCAGCUAAUGUUUUAAAUGACUUUAAUACAUUUUUAGUGUUAGUAGGUUUUGCCCACAAUUUCCCAUUCUCCUGCAUCCUCUUCUUUCUGGUAAAAGAAAACUCACUUUAUUCACAGAAUUUCUCAGCAUAUAAAUCUAUUCUUAAAUUAUGUAUUGAAUAAACUUUUAUCCACAAUAAAAUAGUCAGUGAGUCAAACCUGUAAUACUUUAAUGUAAAUUACUUAAGACUACUGCAAAGUGGACAUGAACUACUUACUACCUUUCCAUAAAGAGAUUUGGUAUUUAUUCUUACUAUCUGAAAUUUACUUGAUAGCAGAGUAUGAUUAAAACAUGGUUUAUUUUUCUAUUUUAAAUUUGUUUUGUGUGUAGUCAAAGGUUUCUGGGUAUACUCUGUAACUUAGUAAACCUGGAACUAUGCUUUUCAUGUAUCUUGAAAUCAGAUUCUUUUUAUGCACUGGGAAUUUUUUUGUUUGUUUUAUUUUUAAGAUUUAAAAAAAAAUUCAAGGUGGAAGCGUAAUGAGUUUCAUGAUAGCAUUUCGGUAUAUACACACCCCUUUACGUAUUCUCUUCUCACCGCCGUCUCCCCAGCCCUCUUGCCUCUAGUUCCCUGUUUGUUUUCCUAUUGCAUAUAUUCUUUCUUUCUCUUUUUUCCUUACCCUUCCCUAAGAACUCUUCUUUCUUCUGUAUCAUAGUCUCCUUUCUUUCAUUACCUACACAUAAACAUGCCUAUACAUUUUAGAUUUUUUUAAUUUGAAAGUAUUCGUUCCCUAAGUAAGUUUAUAAAAUUUUAUAGUGAUUAAUUAUAAAAAUAAAGGCGGAAAAGUAAAUUAUAAAAAUCCACUAUGCUCAGCCAAUCAUUCAUUUUCUCUUGUGACUCAGUUCUACAGCAGCACCUAACAUAGUGCCUUGCACAUGUAGGCAUUCAGUAGUUAUUUAUGUGUGUAAAUGGAUGAUGUGUUUUCAACAUAAGUGAUUCAGUCCAUAAAAAUAGUUUUGACCUCAUUUGAUGUUAGAAUUUGAGAAUAAAGAAUUGUAAGCAGUGAUAAGAAAUAGAUCGUUUCAUGAAAAUGAGUGUGCAUCAGUGAGUUCAGUUUAUCUGUAAGGCGCUAACUGAGGCACUUUUGCCAGCCGUGCUUGUAAAGGAAGGUUCACUGUUAUUUGGAGUCUUGGUGCUAAGUAACAGUAAGAAAAAAAAAGGCGUUUUUAAUCAGAAGCUCACCAUUUAAGGAGAUUUGAAAAAUAUAUCUGAAUCCUUACUCUUAUUUUCUGGGAUAAACUCAAUUGUCAUUAAUUUUCAAAAGUUUUCCAGAUAAUUUGUGUGUGAGUGUGUGGGGGGGGGAGUGAGAUUCACCCGUUUAAAGUGUUAUUGGAAGUAAUACCAGUAUUAAAUAUUGUGUUUUCCCCUCUUUUUUUCUCUUCAUCUAUGUAUGGUGUGUGUGUGUGUGUGUAUGUAUGUUUUGAGGCCACUCUUUGCACUAGACCAUCUCUCAUUGGUAUAUUGGCCUAUAUCCCCAAAUGACAAAUUCAAAUCUUAUUUAUUUAAUAUACAAGGAGUAUUUUGCUGUUUAAUAUUUAAACAUUUAAUAUAUUUCAUUAUUAAUUAGUAUAAUUUGUGGUUUGUUUCCUGUUUGCUUAUUACUUGACUCUUCUCUAGCAGCAGCAGAACAGCAGUUUGUACAGGAAGAACUAAUUCAUGACGAGGAAAAUCUUAAGUAUUUAAGUUCAAAGAACUAUUCAUUUCUUUGCUAUCCAGAGUAAGAUAUAAUUCAAUUAUGAAAAGAAAGGUAUAGUUUGAGUUAGUCUACACAAAAAGGUUCUCACUUAAAUGAAAAUUCACUAUCUAAUAAAUAUUGAAGAAACAUUUCCUAAAUAAAAAUGUCUGAGACUUCUUAUUGCAAAGUGAUGACAGUGUUCUUUGUUUUUUUUUUUUUUUGAAGGUUUUGGGAAGGGAUUAUUCAUUGCACUGAUGAGCUAUGCAAAAUUAUUUGACAUUUUAAAGAUUCUUACAAAAUUAUAAAUAUAGUAGUUACUAAAGCUGGUCAGAAUCAUUUAGAAAGUGGCUUUAAUCUUUGUGGGGUUUUGUUUGUUUUGUUGUUUGUUUGUUUGUUGUCUUAAGAAUAAGCCCAGAACCAUGUGUAUUUUAAGCAAGCACUUCUCCCAGUGAGUUAGUUACACUCCAAACCAUAGAUUGUGAAAUUGUUUAAAGGCAAAAUUACAGUUAAACUAGAGAAGAUUUAUUUUUAAUCCCCCCACUCCAGUGAAUUUUAUUAAAGCAUGUGUGUGAAUGCACAUACAUGCAUACACACACAAGUCAAAAGAUUUAUUAUUCAGUCUAACUUAAAUUCAUAUAGAAUGUUGAAAAUUAUUACAUAAAAUCUAUAGAAGUUUCUUUUUAACUGAAAAGCUGUUGCCUGCUGUUUUUCCAAUAAAUGAAAUUUAAAUUUAAUUGUGUUCACUUUGAAAUUACUGGACUGAAUUUCCAUUAUCCACUUGGACUUAAUUUUCAUAUGAUGAUUUUCAUAAUUUAUAAAGGAGAAUUGAUUAACCUUGACUUAGAGAAUUUGAUUGGGGGCUUUAAAUUAGGUCCUAAUUUUUUUGAUGUAUUCCUGGCCAUGUUUAGAAGUAUGUAUUGUCCCCAGCAUAGUUUCUGCACUAACAUGUUGGCAGAACAACUAAGAAAAAAUUGAAAAUGUACAAAUGAAUGUAUAAAGAAUUCCUUUUAGUAAGUAUCGUUUAGUAAUGCUUUCAGGUCAUUGAUGUGUUUGGGAUUGUGUGUAUUUUAGGAAUUGUUCAUAAGGGUAUCUUGGAAGUUAUAAAUUGCCAUAUACUUAAAUGCAGUAAGCAUUUUUAUAUGAAUAAAGUUUGUGAAUUACAACCAGAUUUGUGCCAAAAUUUAAAAGGUUGGAUUGCAGUAUGUCAAAAUUAAGCUAGUAAUCUUUUCAAGUAUUUUGUGUGCUGUUGCAUUUUAUUUCUAUUUUAAACAUAAGUAAAGCUACUCAGCCUCCAACCCCAGUUAUAGUUCUUGAUAGGUGACUUCAUCCCUUUAUGGUAGUGGCCUCUGUCACUGGUUGCUUAAUCAUGUGAAGCAAAUUAACUCCUGAAUAGAGCUUCAUUUGAGGUCUCUGUUACCUGGUGAAAUAUUCUCAUUCUCAUUCCAUUUUUCUUAGCUUUAAAUUGUGGACUUUAUUUUACACGAAACAUUUUGCUGUUAAAAAUCUUGGAGAUAGCCGGGUGGUGGUGGUGCAUGCCUUUAAUCCUAGUCCUUGGGAAGCAGAGGGUAAGUAGUAGGUCUCUGUGAGCUAGAGACCAGCCUGGUCUACAGAGCAAGUUCCAGGACAGGCUUCAAAGGUAUAUAGAGAAACCCUGUCUCCGCUUCCCCCCUUGCCCCCCGCCAAAAAAAUAAAAUAAAAAGAUCUUGGGUAUAUAUCCACCUUCCCUUAAUUCCCCCAAAAGGCCCCGAACAAAACACAACAAACGAAGUGUGAAUGUAUGUAUGUAUGUAUGUAUGUAUGUAUGUGUGUGUGUUUAUACGCAUGUACAUACGUGCACACACACGCGCGUGUGUGUGUGUGUGUGUGUGUGUGUUUGUGUAUAUACAUACACAGGUAUGCAGUGAGUGCAUGCCUACCAAGAAGGCAGAAAGUACUGUGAGUUUGGGAUGUUUUCUUUAUUAAAAUGAUGUAUGUGAUGUGUAGACAUAGUCUUUUCAGAAAAUAAAGCUGUUUACUUUUUGGAAUCAAUGAGUUAAAUCCAGCUAGUCUUUUUUUUCUCAGUUAAUACGUUAAAUAAUUUCUAGAAUUAGAGCUCUUCGUAAGGUCAUCAGGCUUCAUUGACCUACUGAAUUUACAGUUGAAGUAUAUCAAAUUUCUUGUUAUUGUAAUAGUAUUAAAAGUAUAUUCCAAUAUUUUACAUAUAAAUAUUCUGAUUUUGACAUUUUAUAAAUUUCAAGCCAAACCACCUUUCUAUAUAGUCAAAUACAAUUGAAUCAUUAACAACAUUAUCGUAUUGGCAACACCAGUAAUAAUAUGUGAAUCUGAUGUGACAGUUUUUAAUAAAGGAUUUAAUGGGCCAUUCCAAA